AUGGAGGGUGAUGCGCCGUUCGCACAGAACCACGGCACGACCCCAGGAUUCAGCGACCCCCUAUUCUCGGCCGUGGCUAAUGGCGACGAACCUGUUUUUCUCUCGUUGCUUGAAUAUGCAGACACAAGAGAGAAGAUACAGUCUGCCCAAGGGUUUGGGUUGUUGCGAAUAGCAAUCCGGAAUGGUCAUUUUAAUAUCUCGCGUGUCCUGCUUCAAAAUGGUGCUACGGUUGAAGGUCAAGCUGCUGAUGGCAAGUCAAGUCUUCAGCUUGCGGUUGAGUCGGGGUCUUAUGAAACUACGGAGCUCAUUUUACAAUUACAUGAGAACUCCAGAUCGGCAGUUAGCGAAACCAACCCUUCGCUCCUGCAUACGGCCAUUGAAAGGGACGACGUUGAGACAGCAAAAGUCUUGUUACAAUGGGGUGCGGGUGUAGACACGAAAAAUCCGACUACUUCAUAUACACCUUUGAUGGUGGCAGUCGAACGCAGGAAUAUUCCGAUGGUCAAGCUCCUUUUGGAAAACGGUGCCAAUACUGCCAUUAAGAGCAAUAAUGGCGUAUCAGCGAUGCAUCUUGCUCGUGGGUCUGAGGAAAUAGAGAGGCUUCUAGACAAUACCCUAUUUAUCCAAGGCCCGUCUCUAAGGGAUCCUAUAAGGGAGAAACAGCUUGUGGCUCCGGCUGUCGUAGACCUUCCUGGUGCCCCUAUCGACGAACCCGACGAAAUGGCAGCCUGUCGCGGAUUCCAAGCCAAUGUGACGGAUUUCUUUAUUGGCGAAUAUGAAAAGAGAGUCGAAAUCUCAUCUUCCGUUUACGAACUUUUGUAUGGAUUGGGACCUAAGGCUUUAAUGGAAGACGCGACGCCGCGGAGUCUUUCCAACGAGCCACCAAGAUUCCGGUGGUAUCAUUUACCGGCGAACAAUAUUGAGUGGGUUGAGAUACUCCUACAAAGACAUUUAGCAGAGACCGGCAGACAACCGUCUCUUUUCUCCGAAGAUGAGAAGUCUAAACUCGAAUUGAAGUGCCUCCAAGGGGGCACUCAUUCUUUCGGGAGUGCAUAUUAUCCUUCAAAACGCCCCGGUUGCCACACGUUAGAGAAAAAGUUAUACGGGGAUACGGAGGGAGCAACUUACCAAUUCGCUUCAUUUAUGCCAUUCCUCCAUUUCGAAACGAAGGGUGGCAUACAUUCAAUGUCGGAUGCCGUACGGAACCUGUCGAAUGAACCACCACCACCACCACCACCACCUCCUCCUCCUCCUCCUCCUCCGGGCCCCCCAAGGAGGCGUGCACCGGUGCCGAAUGAGCGAAGGGAGCACGGAAACAACGCGCCACGCCCACCUCGCGGGAUUCUGUCAUGGAUAGGCAAGACUCAAACACACCCUGGAAAUCCACCAUCGAACCGAGAAAACCUCCACCAAUACCUUAUUCGGGGUUAUCUGAAUCCCGAGUUUCUCGAUAGCGGUUUUCCUUUGCAGCUGAGACGGACUCUUGAUCAAUACUUUUAUACUCAUUUGGAUAUCGCUCACCCUAGGAACAACGACCAAGUUGUGUCACGUUUCACUGCUGACCAAGAAGUACCAAAGUUAUUCAUGGUAGACCAGCUCUGGCUGUGGGUUAUCAACGGAGACACAAUUAUUAGCUGUGUUCCACUGCGAUGGGAAUCUUGGUCGGAACCUUCUGCACUGGUUAGGAAUACCGAUAAUAAUGGCAUGCAACCGGAGGAUGCACACGAGUUUCCGCCUCUGCUGGAAGAUAACCACCUCGACGUUCAUAGAGCCGUCUCAGGGCAUCUUCGCAUUACCCAAAGAGCGCCGAUUACGUCGGUUUAUGAAAUGGCGGGAUUGAUCACGAAAGUCUGUGCCGAUGUUUUCGAUCCCAAUAAAGUAUCUAGUGACUUUCAGUUCUUCGACUUUUUUGAGAAGUCUCUUGGUAGAGUUGCGGACCUCGCGGCCCAGCAGCUUGAGUCAUUUCGGACUGCUGUCGCGGAGAGGCUCAAUCCCGAGAGUGAUUCACAUCAGUCAGACUUAAUCGUAGAGACGGGGAUAUUGGUCGAGGCAGAAGAUAUUCGCGACGAAUUGAAUAUCUUAAAGAUGGUAUUGGAAGACCAGAAAAAGGUAUUGGGGGACCUAGAGGAAGCUUUCAACACCGCUGCCCCCGAAUCGACUCGCCCCCACUACUCAGAUGGUAGGCUUCCAACCUGGGAACAGAAUCGAGUCCUCGAAAGCCAUAUAUAUCGCAUCAAUAAGAUGGAAACCAUUGCGGAUAGGACUAGUAAAAUGUUAAUCACUUUGCUUGACCUCAAACAAAAGGAUGCAAGUAUUUCAGAGGCCAUAUCAGCUCGGAGACAGGCUGAAAAUAGCAUUCACUAUGCGCAAAAACAAGCGGAGCAGGCGGAAGAAACCGCCAAGCAGGGAAGAACACUAAUGUUGUUCACAGUGGUGACGAUUCUUUUCCUCCCACUUUCGUUCAUGGCGGCUUUCUUCGCCAUCAACAUUGAUGUGUUUCCAAAAGAUGAUGCAGGAAGCCUUGAACUAGGUUAUGUUCUCAAGUAUAUGAUCAGCAUUUCCGCUGGAUUGUCCGUCCCUUUCAUCUUGAUCACCUUCAACCAGCGGAGAGUAUGGUCUGUCAUAGAAUGGUUUAGUUCCUUCAUGGCCAACGUCCCCAUUGGCAUAUGGGCCGUGGUUGCUCUAUCGGUAAUACUUCAAAUAGUAGUUUGGACAGCAAAGUUGGCAUACUCAGUCAAAAUUACCAUGGCCGUCACCAUGGCCGUCCUGGCAAUUAUGCUGUUCUGCGGCUAUUUUUUGUAUCUGCAUUUCAUGUACAUGCAAUACAACGAGAGAAGAAAAGAGCCGAAUCACUUGAAAGGGCUAUGGAGGAUCUUGAAGAGAAGUGGGACAUGGCGACCGAGGCAGCAACCGUUGGACUCCGUUGAAUCGACUGAGGGAUCGAAUAUAUAAUAAUAAUGUACGAGUUUGAUAGUGGGAAGCAGAACUAAGAAUCGAGAAUAGGUACCCCGACAGUUACCCGUAGCUUGCCUACCCCCCAAACGAUUGACUAAAGCGUCUGACUAAAGAGCGGAUAAUACCGCUGUAUCGCCCUCUAUUUCUCCACGAUUCGGACCCUACAUACAUACACCGAAAGCAAAAAAUAGGCUACUGCUGAUGUUCUAAUUUGCUUGAUGCAGCUAGGGUAUCAUGUUAUUAGGCCGACCCACCAUUGGGAUCACCAAGUCGAUCGGUCUUAAAAGAGUCCUCAGUUUCGACAAUACCAUCGUGGAGGCCGAUUGAUGGAGACCAUUGCAAUAAUAAAUAUUGCUGCAUGAGCAUGAUGUCGUUGUAAUUCGAAUGUUGAAGGAUGCUCCGGGUUGGAUGGGAAAGUAGCAGUCACAACCUGUAGUGAAUUUGAAAGAGUUUUCCUUGGCCAAGAUUCAGGACGUUUGAGCGGUGUUUUAGCGGUGUCCGUCACUGUUUAAAGGCUUGUUUGUACCUACCAUGAUCUGUGAGAGCUUGGCGCUAUUUGAUCAUUGGCCCACGUUGAUCAUGAGGAUGGGGUCCGUAUCACAUAAACUUGGUGAUUAUCUUCUUGCAACUAACAGCUCAAUUAAAUACUGACCUCGUAUAUGUCUCUAAUUGUCUU